GGCAGCGCGUGUUGCAGCUCACCAGAAAGCGUACAAGGGCCCGGUACUUAUACGUGAAGUUGCGGACAAGGGGCCUGGGGGCAUUGCGCUCCACGCGAAUAAGCACGUGCAUUGUUGCCAGACUUUCUGGAAAGCAGAUUUUGGGAGCGAGUCCGUGGAGCAAAAGGCUGCAGGUGAAGCGGCGCUGGUGGGUUACAACGUUCCUGACGAAGAUGGGAAUGAGGCGCAGACUGAGCAGGCGUCAGACGAGGAGGCUGUGCUUCAGGGGGACGUGCACAAGUUGAGCGCAAAUCAGAGGCGCGCCUUAUUAUGCCUCGGGGAGGCUCGUCAGCAUUCACGGUUCAAGCUGAAGCAAAUCUCCUUGAGUUUCAGUGGCGCGUCCGUCUUCUUUUUCUCGCCCAGCCGCAAGGACGGAACACCCAUGCCGUCAUCAGUGCUGAAAUUCGACGUUGCUGCCAACGUGAAGGAGGAGAUUGAGUUGACCGAGCGGUACGGGAAGUUGUUUGGCUUGACAACUCCGAAAGUUAAGGAUUCUCAAUUUCUUGAAGACGUCUCCGAAGACGAACCAUGUGCUGUCAUGCAGAUUGACCUAUGCGGUGGCAUAUUUGGUCUUCCCGAGUUUGCUUCUGCCCCACCUGUGCUCACCUUUGCGUCAGUAAUCCAGGGUGAGUUUACUUCUGGGAAGCGCCAGACUGAUGUGGUGCCCAUCGUCAACGAGGCCCUGACCCGACGCAUGCUUGCCUUCACGAUGUCUACGCGUUCCGUCAGGAAGGAGAAUCUAGCCAAGAUGUACAAGAUUGUCCGCUUUGUCGGCCACGGCAUCCUCAAUCGAGCUGUGGAGGGUGCGAAACGUAGCAAACACAAUGCUGCAUUGGGCUUCGGAUUUCUGACGCCACCCGACAUCGAUGACCUAGAUCCCGAAGGCAAGUUCGUCAGUGAGUUGUGCGGCAAACGUUCUACCAUCAAGCGCUUCUUCCAAGAGUUCAUUGAGCAGGAGCAGCGAUUCAAUAAAAAGUUUGACCGGCAAAUAGUUUGUGGCUUGGCGCACAACGAUUUGCACGGCGGGAAUCUACUGCUCGACUCACAAGGGCUAGUCUGGCUGAUAGAUUUCGCGACCGUGAAGGACAACGUCCACGUGCUCAUGGACCUCUCAAAAUUCCUUGCGUCUUGCCUCUUCUUGUAUCUGGAGGAUAAUGUGAACGAGUCGCACAUCCAAACGUUUGCGAAGCUGCUGUUCGCUACACCCGAUGCCACAACAGCGCUGCCUUUAAUCGGAGGGGAGCAGCUCAAGAGCGAUCCGACGGCUACGUUUGUGCUUGAGCUGCUGACACGCAUCAGGCACUGUCUCUGCAUCUACGAGAUUGGUGACGACGUCCCAGACAACGACGGCGUUCCAUUCGCUUUAGCUUUCUUCUCGUGGUCGGCGCGAAUGCUAUCAUACAGUGAGCCGAGCAUGCACCAGAAGACCCGUGCUUCUUUCUUUGCCCUUGCAGGCGCUCAGCGAGUGAUGUGGGAAGCUGGCGUUGACGUCGGACCCACAGCGCUGGAAUGGAUUGAACAGUACCGCACAGUCUGGGAGGGCCAGAAAGGCCGCCGGCUGAGUACCAGUGCGACACACGUGCAGGUUGCUUCUUUCGAGUUUGAAUCUGACUUUCCUAGGUAUUUGGCGCAGAUUGGGACAGCGGAGGCGUGGUCCACUGACUUCCUCACCCGCGAGAAAGUACACGUGACUGACCAUUGUAUCAAAGUGGACGUGAAGUUCAGUGGGCGCAUUUUCCCGCGUAGCCUACAGCUGCCGAAGAGCGUGAAGAUUGUCUGCGAGAAGUUGCGCAUGGUCCACCAGCAGUAUCUACCAGAAGUGCUGAGUCAAGAAAGAUAUCAGGGUCGGGUAUUCGUUAUUGGUGAUUCCGGGAGCGGGAAGACUCUCAUGACGAAGCAGCUUUUCUCGGAAGUGGCACAGCAACAGCUGCUCGGCAUCCGCGAUGAGCCAGGAGACAUGGCGGGUACCACGAGAAUCAGCGGCAUGAACCUCAUCCCCGUCCGGACUCCACUUAUCGACUUGGCUAGGCAGCUUGAGGCUAACCCGGACCUGCCUCUGGGGGCCGACCCGAUCUGCGACUUGCUAUCCGAGUGGAUGCAAAGAAAGCAUGGCCACGAUUCCAUCCCGCACAAGCUGGUCUAUACUGUGCGAAAUUGGUGCCUUGGUGCUGCUGACCGCGCGUCCAGGAGGCCAGGUAAUUUGGGACCCUCGGAGUAUGACUUGCUCGCGUCGCUGGCUUUCGUCUCGUUCAGGAUGGGUGCUUUGACUCUCCCACAGGAUGUCAUGAAGAAGACUGAUAUCUACCAGCGUGCUGUGAAGCUCAUGUUGCAUCAAUCUGAUGCUGCAAAGUUCGCGAUGCGGGAUGGAGCCAAUGACCAAGCGAUGGUUCGCAGGCUAGAGAUGUUGAAGAGCGUACGGGCACGACAGCUCUUCCAGUCAGUGUCGUUUCAUUUGCACCAAUUGAGGCUGCGCUCGACUUCCUGGACAGGCAUAGAGCAUGCCUCAGACGACAAUGGUAUGAUCGUGGUGCUGAAGGAUGCGUUUCAGCAGGGGCGCAUGCCCAUCUUAGAGAAAGUUGAAGUGUUCGAUGCGGAGCCUGAGGUGCAGCUUACGCACCUGUCAUUCCAGGAGCUGAUGGGCGGUGAGUAUUGCGCGGCGAUCGUUUGCCAUGCUCAUUCUCAGAAGAAAAUGCGAGCAUACGUAAACUCCAUCCUAUCUAGCAGUUCGCAGUGUUUGGACCGCGAGCGGCUGUCCGAGAGCUGGUGGCUCCAAGUGUGGUUCCACGUCUUUGAGAUGCUGGACUCAGAUGUUCUCGAGCAGUACUGCGCGAUCUUGGCCGAGGACGAGCGUGCACUCUUGAAGGUAGGGAGCAUGGCUCUUUCAUUCAGCUGCAGCCACCCUCUGGGCUAUCUUAUCCUUGACAAGGCGAUUCAUGGUACACCAAUGGACCACCGGCCCUGGGUGGGAGACGGUUCCGGGUAUAUGAUUGCUGCAAUCCAUUGGGACGAAUACGAAACGGAUGUAGUCUGGGAUGACAGGGAUUGCAACAAGAGGUGGUUUCAUGGUCAUUUUUUUCUUGCCCGGGUCAUGGUCCCAACUCUGGUUGACAGCAAUUGUUGGCGCCUAGAUGGCGUCGGCACAUUGUUGAGGCAUGCGGCCAGUCUGCCCGACUUAGAGGUCUUAGACACAUUGCUUUCUAAGGGCGUCCACCCAUGCCUACUCUCUGAUGAGGGCCAUUCUCUCUUCGCGCUUGCCAGCAUGGGCAAGAAGUGGCAGGCAGUUCGCAUCCUACGCGAGCAUAGGAAUGAUUACGAUUUCAUGAACUGGAUCACUCACAAUACGUGGUGGCACUGGGCUUGCGGGCGUGAAGACCCUGGCUUUGUGAAGGCAUGGGAUAUGAACAGCACCUUGGACCAGCUGGCCGGUUUCAAGCCGUAUGGCACUUUGCAAAAAGCCUGGGAUGGGACUUUGAGUAUUGUUGAUGAUGUGGACGUGAAUUUCGCGGAUCCUACAACAGGCCUAACUCCUUUAAUGCUUGCUGCGUCAUGCGGCAGGGUGGAGGUUGUGCACGCCCUCAUAAUGCACAGGGCUUCUGUGAACGCCGAGAGUGCAGAGAAGUGCACCGCGCUCUCAAUGGCUGCAGACAUGGACAAUGGCGAUGAAGGCUUGGAGUGCAUGAAGCUGCUCAUCAAUGCCCGUGCCGACGUCCACGCCAAAGUCGGGAUGACCAUGAAGCGUCCUUUUUGGAAUCUCACGGGCCAGGAGAACAGCAUUCUGGCCGGACCAGCGCAGGCUGGAUAUUUUGACAAGCUGAAGCUUCUUCUCGAGAGUCGUGCUGAUCCCAAUUCGCCAAACAAUUUGGAUUUCGCUCCGCUGAUCCAGUGUGUUCGGUCGAACAAUGCGGAUUGCGCCAAGCUUCUCGUUGAGCAUGGAGGUGAUUUUUUCAGAUGGUCCAGUAAGCUCAUUUCGCUGCAGCACAAACCAGGCCUUCUCAUGAACUACAACACACGCUGUAAUUAUAUGAGCUGGAGCCCAGGUGCUGACGCUGUCCAUGCUUGGUAUAUGUAUGCAGCGGAGAACAAGGACAUCCUCCGCCUCGCGUUCGGGCUGGGCAUGGACGGGAAUGCCUGCUUUUACUCUGGACUUGCAGGCAACACGUGGCUUCCGAAAGCAGGUUACAAUCUCACGAAUGAUUACUGGUUCUUCGUAGAGGGCACCUCUGCUACAUUUGAGCUCUAUGUAAAGCAUGGUCUGGACAUCAACAGGCCUUCGGGCCCCAUGCGGCUGAACCUCCUGAUGAUAACAGGCUGGUCUUCCAACAAUGCGGCGAUCCUUACGCAUAUGCUGGAGAACUGCCCAGAUCCCGACGAGGCCCUGGCGUACAGGUCCAAAUUCCUGGGGAGCUUGGAGGACGGCGCAAGGAUUAUCGGGCUUGCAGCUAUCGUGGAAGCCAUCGAGGACUUCAAGCGCAAGCGGGCGGAUCAGGAAGGCCAGAACUGUCAUGCGUUCGGCCUCGCCGAGAAGCUGCCUCGACGCUUCGCCGCCGCUGCGCCGCUGCCCUUCUCCGCGAGGGCAGCGCGUGUUGCAGCUCACCAGAAACCGUACAAGGGCCCGUUACUUCUGCGUGAAGUUGCGGACAAGGGGCCUGGGGGUAUUGCGCUCCACUCGAAUAAGCACGUGCAUUGUUGCCAGACUUUCUGGAAAGCAGAUUUUGGGAGCGAGUCCGUGGAGCGAAAGGCUGCAGGUGAAGCGGCGCUGGUGGUUUACAACGUUCCUGAUGAAGAUGGGAAUGAGGCGCAGACUGAGCAGGCAUCAGACGAGGAGGCUGUGCUUCAGGGGGACGUGCACAAGUUGAGCGCAAAUCAGAGGCGCGCCUUAUUAUGCCUCGGGGAGGCUCGUCAGCAUUCACGGUUCAAGCUCAAGCAAAUCUCCUUGAGUUUCAGUGGCGCGUCCGUCUUCUUCUUCUCGCCCAGCCGCAAGGACGGAACACCCAUGCCGUCAUCAGUGCUGAAAUUCGACGUUGCUGCCAACGUGAAGGAGGAGAUUGAGCUGACCGAGCGGUACGGGAAGUUGUUUGGCUUGACAACUCCGAAAGUAAAGGAUUCUCAAUUUCUUGAAGACGUCUCCGACGACGAACCAUGUGCUGUCAUGCAGAUUGACCUAUGCGGUGGCAUAUUUGGUCUUCCCGAGUUUGCUUCUGCCCCACCUGUGCUCACCUUUGCGUCAGUAAUCCAGGGUGAGUUUACUUCUGGGAAGCGCCAGACUGAUGUGGUGCCCAUCGUCAACGAGGCCCUGACCCGACGCAUGCUUGCCUUCACGAUGUCUACGCGUUCCGUCAGGAAGGAAAAUCUAGCCAAGAUGUACAAGAUUGUCCGCUUUGUCGGCCACGGCAUCCUCAAUCGAGCCGUGGAGGGUGCGAAACCUAGCAAACACAAUGCUGCAUUGGGCAUCGGGUUUCUGACGCCACCCGACAUCCAUGACCUAGAUCCCGAAGGCAAGUUCGUCAGUGAAUUGUGCGGCAAACGUUCUACCAUCAAGCGCUUCUUCCAAGAGUUCAUUGAGCAGGAGCAGCGGCUGGUCUGGCUGAUAGACUUCGCGACCGUGAAGGACAACGUCCACGUGCUCAUGGAUCUCUCAAAAUUCCUUGCGUCUUGCCUCUUCUUGUAUCUGGAGGAUAACGUGAACGAGUCGCACAUCCAAACGUUUGCGAAGCUGCUGUUCGCUACACCCAUGCACUGUCUCUGCAUCUACGAGAUUGGUGACGACGUCCCAGACAACGACGGCGCUCAGCGAGUGAUGUGGGAAGCUGGCGUUGACGUCGGACCCACAGCGCUGGAAUGGAUUGAACAGUACCGCACAGUCUGGGAGGGCCAGAAAGGCCGCCGGCUGAGUACCAGUGCGACUCACGUGCAGGUUGUUUCUUUCGAGUUUGAAUCUGACUUUCCUAAGUAUUUGGCGCAGAUUGGUACAGCGGAGGCGUGGUCCACUGACUUCCUCACCCGCGAGAAAGUACACGUGACUGACCAUUGUAUCAAAGUGGACUUGAAGUUCAGUGGGCGCAUUUUCCCGCGUAGCCUACAGCUGCCGAAGAGCGUGAAGAUUGUCUGCGAGAAGUUGCGCAUGGUCCACCAGCAGUAUCUACCAGAAGUGCUGAGUCAAGAAAGAGACAUGGCGGGCACCACGAGAAUCAGCGGCAUGAACCUCAUCCCCGUCCGGACUCCACUUAUCGACUUGGCUAGGCAGCUUGAGGCUAACCCGGACCUGCCUCUGGGGGCCGACCCGAUCUGCGACUUGCUAUCCGAGUGGAUGCAAAGAAAGCAUGGCCACGAUUCCAUCCCGCACAAGCUGGUCUAUACUGUGCGAAAUUGGUGCCUUGGUGCUGCUGACCGCGCGUCCAGGAGGACAUCUCAUUCAGAAGACAUCAAGGCGUUGUUUUUGUUGUUCGAUGGUCUGGAUGAGGCAGCUUCCUCUCGGUUACAGGUGCUGGAAUUCAUCCGGUCGAUACUGCAAAGCGAGCCGUCACAUCUCUGUGUUCUCACAUCGAGGCCAGGUAAUUUGGGACCCUCGGAGUAUGACUUGCUCGCGUCGCUGGCUUUCGUCUCGUUCAGGAUGGGUGCUUUGACUCUCCCACAGGCUGAAGACGUUGUGCAGCGUACACUUACACGCGCUCAAGAAGCGCAUGAGACGAUCAGCGCCAUCCGAAGUAGUGUGUCUGACCCGGGCUAUUCCUCCCUCAGGGAGAAUCCCCUCAUUUUGACAUUGCUCAUCCAUGUGCUUCGUCUUCCACUGACAGAUGACCGUGCACGAAAGGAUGUCAUGAAGAAGACUGAUAUCUACCAGCGUGCUGUGAAGCUCAUGUUGCAUCAAUAUGAUGCUGCAAAGUUCGCGAUGCGGGAUGGAGCCAAUGACCAAGCGAUGGUUCGCAGGCUAGAGAUGUUGAAGAGCGUACGGGCACGACAACUCUUCCAGUCAGUGUCGUUUCAUUUGCACCAAUUGAGGCUGCGCUCGACUUCCUGGACAGGAAUAGAGCAGGCCUCAGACGACAACGGUAUGAUCGUGGUGCUGAAGGAUGCGUUUUAG